UCAGAUACGAAUAUCUGAAGGUAUGAACUGAUGGGUGGCCAGUGAAGUGAAUCAGUGGAUGCAGACCAGGGAACGAAUUCUUGGUUUCAAUCUGGAAUUGGGAUCUUUGCCGCGAUGCUAGUCGGAACCAUAAUCGCACCUCGUAGCUUUUUCUCAAGAAAUAAACAGAAAUCACCUUCGUCCUUAUCGUCAUCGUCUUCUUCUUCGCCGGUGAUUCCUCUGUGUUCGGGGAGAAGGCCUAAAGAUCCUCGAAAAGAUGACGAUAAUGACGAUCAGACACGUGAUAAGCUCUCAACAGACUGGGACAAGGCAUGGUCCAAGUUCAAAAAGCGAGGAAAAAAGACGAUGUUCUCUGAUUUCUCUCCCAACAAAUAUGUAAGCUGGAAUCCGCGAAGGUCAGAAUAUCCAUUGUCUGAAGAAGUAGAUCCCAUAAAAAGAACAGAGAGAUCAAACCUGAUGCUGUGGACUAGUCCAAGAUUUACUCUAGCAGGUGCAAUUGUAAUUAUCACAUUCUUGUUGGUCUACACCAUUCUUGCACCAAUUAAUAAGUGAUUUUUGUUGCUGUGUUGAACUUUCUUCUUAUAUUCUUCUUCUUCUCCUAACGAUGUGAAUGAUUGUAGAAAGGUCUGUAAAUUUGUAUGGAAAUUCAAUGGAAUCUGUGCUUUCUGUUUUGCUUGCUUUCUAUGGGAAGAUGCAUUUCCUUGCA